AUGGACGAGAGCAGAGUAGGUGGUGGAAAAGUGAAGAAACCGGGGAAACGGGGCCGUAAGCCAGCUAAAAUAGAUUUGAAAGCCAAACUCGAGAGAAGCCGGCAGAGCGCUAGGGAAUGCCGAGCGAGGAAGAAACUGAGGUACCAGUAUCUGGAAGAGCUGGUUUCAAGCCGCGAAAGAGCCAUCUGUGCUCUUAGAGAAGAACUGGAAAUGUACAAGCAGUGGUGCCUGGCGAUGGAUCAGGGCAAAAUCCCCUCUGAGAUCAAAGCGCUCCUGAGCGGAGAAGAGCAGACCAAGCCUCAGCAGAAUGUGGGCAAGAUGGCCAAGGCCCUAAAGAGCGAUGCCAACAGCCACGGUGCCUGGUGAAGGUCAGACCAAGCAGAUUGAAGCCUAUAUUUCAAAAAAACAAGAUGAUCUGUUGUUGUUGUUGUUUAAAAAAAAAAUCAGUAAUCUAUGGACUUCAUGUGAAGUUGAGCAUCCUCGGUCCUAUCAACAGUUCAACAGCGUCAACAAUUCAGCUGCACCGUAGUUGAGAGUUUGAGCUGACUUUCAAAAUGGCCCGAACAGCAAGAGGGCAGAAAUAAAUCAUCUUAAUCUGUUUUUAUCUAAUAAAACAAUAUUCCUGGGUCUGCAGGAAUAUCUGCCCGAAGCCGAGAAAGAAAGGCCCAAGAUUAUACCAGCCCCAAGUCUAUUCCAAAAUGUAUUAGACGCUCUGGGGUUGAUUUUGUGGGUAGAACUGGCUGAGAAAAAGGGGAAGGAUUUCCCCCCCC